GAUCAAAUCUUUCUCAGAUGGCUCAUGGGAAUUAUAGCAGGCGAAGAUGCAAUAUCUGCCUACUUCAACAGGGCAGGAUGUCCAACAAUGAGUUCAAUGAGCACGUCGUCGCCUGCAACGCCAUUCCAAGGGGAGCGCGAGGAGCUCGGCGCCGUCAACAAAGAGUGGAUCAGCACGUAGCUGGCCUCAUCGGGCGCAUGAUGCUUCAUCCACGAAUAGAAAGAGACCUGCUCGGUCAAUACCCCGGUGGGUAUCCAAUCUAUGGGCCUCCUCGCGCGCGCACUGGCGGAGUUGCUGACGUACGGGGUGAACAAGUCGACCACAACGGCGAAGGUGAGGGAGUUGUGGGUGAGAGAACCCUUCGUCGACCCCAGGAUGCAGCCGACCAGCCCAGGGAUGCAGUCACUUGUGAAGCUGACUCCGACGCCGACGCCGACGAAGCUGACGACACCGUCACUGAUGACGGGGGACAACGCCGGUUGUUGACUGCGGAUGCAGUCACCUGCGAAGCUGAAGACACCGGCGAAGAUGACGACGCCGGCGAAGCUGACUACACCGGAGAAGCUGACGACACCGUCAUUGAUGAUGGGGGACAACGCCGGGUGUCAACCUCCGGUGAUGGUAACCUGUAAAGGUCUCUCCGUUUGCCUGAUGAUCCUCUGCUACAGAUAUAUACCGCGUCCCCUCCUGUGAUCAGCAACCCUCUCUCCUCCGUCGUCUUUCUGCAAUAUUCAUUAGUUGUGUGAAUUGUUUUACAAUACCUGAGAAUUAAAGAUCUGUCCAACUUUCUGUGUUUUCCAAUCACGCGAUAUU